AUGAAGAGCAACAAUAUGGCCGUGAGCAAGCCUGUAGUGUCUGACAUAUCGGAGAAAGACGCUGCCAUUGCUGACGUGAAUGAUGCGGUUUCUGGUGACCAUGAUCUGGGUGUUGUGAAGGACUGGUCCGAUGCUGAAGAAGCUUCAGUGCGAAGACGAACCGACCUGAUCCUCAUCCCCAUCCUGGGUUUGGCGUUCUUCGCCCUCCAGAUCGAUCGCGGAAAUAUCGCGAGCGCAUUGACAUCGACCAUUACCGAAGACUUGAACAUAACGACCAACCAGAUCAAUGUCGGCACGCAAUUGCUAUCGGCAGGAAUCGUGGUGUCGGAGAUCCCUUCCAAUGUCUUACUACAGAUCGUCGGUCCGCAACGCUGGCUAUCGGCCCAGCUGUUUGCGUGGGGCUUCGUAGCCACCUUUCAGGCGUUCGUCACAACCUAUCCUGCCUACCUUGUUACACGUCUACUGCUGGGCCUGCUGGAAGGUGGUUUUAUUCCUGGUGCUCUGUACUAUCUGUCCCAAUGGUACAAAAAGGGGGAGACGAGUCUUCGAACAAGUCUGUUCUUCUUCGGUCAGAUGUUUGCUUCCGCAACGUCAAAUUUGAUUUCCGCAGGACUGUUGCAGCUAUCUGGAAAGAGCGGUCUUGCCGGGUGGCAAUGGAUCUUCCUUGUGGAAGGACUGAUCACAAUAUUUGCCGGCAUCGUGUUUGUUCUCCUAGUCCCCCGCCAUGCAGGGGAUGGCAAGCCUCUGUUGAGUCGCAUUAGCGGUGGACGCUGGAGCUACUUUACUGAGCGCGAGUCCCGGAUAAUUCGCCAGCGUGUGCUCCUUGACGACCCCCUCAAGAGCCAGGGCCAUAUCAAAAUCACCGGCCGAAACAUUUGGGACACCAUCCGCCAGCCGCGCAUCAUCCAACAUUUUUUUAUCACCUUACUUUCCAUUUGCACGUUGCAGGGCCUAGGCACUUACGUCCCGUCGAUGAUCAAGGGAUUUGGGUUCAGCGCAGUCCAGGCAAACGCGCUGGCUUCUGUGUCGGUGUAUUGUGGCAUGAUAUUGUUAUUGGUCCUGUCCUUCGCUGCUGAUAAGACUGGUCAUAGGGGGCCUUUCGUUCUCAUUGGUAUAACGUGGAAUGUGAUCGCCUUUCCCUGUUUGAGAACACUCCCCCAAAGCUCUGGCAAGUGGCACAAAUAUGGUGCCCUUGCGGUCAGCUACGUGUCAUACGCUAGUACACACGUGCUGAACAUCGGAUGGCUUUCCGUCAACUGCAAGUCUCCUCAGGAGAGGAGUGUGGCAAUGGCGCUCAUCAUCAUGGCUGCAAAUGCUGCCGGCAUUGCUGGCUCGCAGAUAUUUCGCACCGAAGAUAAACCUCUCUAUCAUCGGGGUCUUACGGCAAUCUGUGCAAUUGCUGCUGCCUGCUGGUGUUUAACCGUGAUUCUCAACGUUCAGUAUUUCUUCCUACAGAAAAGGAGACGAGCUGCAUAA